AGUAACUGAUUAAUAUAAGGUCCAUGUAAAUCAUCUACUUACCCAAACACUGUGACAAUAAAUUUAACUCCUGUUCACCAGAAAGAAAGACCUGAGUUGCACUUUGUUUGUGGCUCUUAUAGACACACUGUGUCCUCAGGAGAGACCAUUCUGACUGAGCGCACAAUCAAUCUACAUGGAAGGCAAGAUGAAUUUGGAGGAAUACUUCAAACGAAUUGGUGUCCAUGGCUCUUUUGAUAAACUGGAUAUAGCAACACUGAAGUUGAUCCACAAACAGCACGUCAUGUCAAUUCCUUUUGAGGACCUCAGCAUUCACUGUGGUGAGAAGAUCAUCAUGGAUCUUGAGGUCAUUUUCAACAAGAUGGUGAGGAGCAGCCGUGGAGGUUGGUGCCUUGAGAACAACUUCCUGUUUGGCUGGGUGCUGAGAGAAAUGGGCUACGACACUACGACGUUGGGCUCCAGAGUUUUCAACAGUCCCGUCAAUGAGUUUCGUCCCUUUGAAUCUCAUCUCAUUAACAAAGUCGUCAUUGAAGGAAAGGCUUAUAUAGCAGAUGUCAGCUAUGGGAUGUUUUUCCAAGCGUGGGAGCCCCUUGAGCUUGUCUCUGGAAAGGACCAACCUCAGGCAGCGGCUGUCUUUCGCCUCACAGACAAUGGGGACUACUGGGUGCUGCAGAAAACUGGUAGAAAGCCAGAGAUCCUCAAUCCAGAGUUUGCCAACUCAAGUCUGGUGAACAGGAAGGAAACAGAGCAGAUGUUGUGCUUCACCUUGGUGCCUCGUGAGGUCGAUCAUUUCUUUGAGAUAAACCACAAACUCCAGACAGAUCCUACUUCCCGGUACCUCAACAAGUCCAUCUGCUCUUUGCAAACACCAACAGGGUUCAGAGCUCUUAUUGGCUGGACCUACAGUGAGGUCACCUUUAAACCUGAGGAAGGUGUUGAUGUCUUUGACUUGAGAAUCAUAACAGAUGAUGAGAUAGAGCAAAUUCUACAUGAAAAGUUCAAUAUAAAGCUGAAGAACAAACUGCAGCCUGCAAACAAAAAAAUAUGGUACACAUUCUGAAAUCCUACACACGAUCUGUCUUGACAUUUUCUGGAAAUUAUGUCUCAACCUGUUUUGAUUUCAUG